ACUUAUUCAAGAUUACACAAUUAGUUGUUCAACGACAUGAUUUAUUCUUGUGCAUACGCACACCAACGGAGAGAGCAGGCGCAGCGAUGGUCAGCGAUGACGCACCGAUGGAGAAAGAGUGAGGAGGAGUGACGGAGAGAGCGAUGGGCAGCGAUGUGCAGCGAUGGGAAGCGAUGCACACCGAUGGUGAAAGAUGGGCAGCGAUGGCAAAAGAUGGGUUGCAUUGAUGGAGAAAGAUGGCCCGCAUCGACGGGCACUGAUGGACAAAGAUGGGCCGGAUCGAUGGGCACUGAUGGAGAAAGAUGGGCCGCAUAGAUGGGCAGCGAUGGAGAACGAUGGGCCGCAUCGAUGGGCAGCGAUGGAGAAAGAUGGCAAAAGACGGCCGCAUCGAUGGGGAAAGAUGCGCCUCAUCGAUGGGCACCGGUGGAGAAAGAUGAGCCGCAUCGAUGGUCACCCACAGAGAGAGGGAUGGCCAGGCGCACCAAUGGUCAGCGAUGGCGAAGCGAUGGAGAGAGCAGGCGCAACGAUGGUCAGCGAUGGCACACCGAUCGAGAAAGAUAGAGGAGCAGUAACGGAGAGAGCGAUGGGCAGCGACGCGCAGCGAUGCGAAACGACGCACACCGAUGGAGAAAGAUGGGCAGCGAUGGCAAAACAUGGGCCGCAUCGAUGGAGAAAGAUGGGCCGCAUCGAUGGGCAGCGAUGGAGAAAGAUGGGCCGCAUCGAAAGGCAGCGAUGGAGAAAGAUGGGCCGCAUCGAUGGGCAGCGAUGGAAAGAGAUGGCGAAAGAUGGCCGCAUCGAUAGAGAAAGAUGGGCCUCAUCGAUGGGCAGCGGUGGAGAAAGAUGGAGGAGCAAGAGGGAUGGGUGCCGAUGGAGAAAGAUGAGCUGGAUUGGUGCGCCUGACCAUCGCUGGACGAUGGCCAGCGAUGGCGCAGGGAUGCACACCGAUGGAGAACCGAUGCACACCGAUGGAGAUGGUGGGCAGCGAUGGCGCAGGGGGGGGCUCCGAUGGAGAAAGAUGGGCCGCAUGGAUGGGCAGCGAUGGAGAAAGAUGGCGAAGGAUGGCCGCAUCGAUGGAGAAAGAUGGGCCGCAUCGAUGGGCACCGAUGGAGCGAGCGAUGGUCAGCGGCGCGCAGCGAUAGGCAGCGAAGCUUAGCGAUGGGCAGCGAUGGCGCAGCGAUGGUCAACGAUGGUUACCGACAGCGCAGCGAUAGACAGAGAUCCGCCGCGUGUCUCACAACUGCAAGCAUAUACAUAUCUAAUUGACGAUCUACCUUAAACAACAUCAUGUAAUUCAAGAUUAACCACAUCAUUUAACGCCCAAGUAAUGUUUAUUUAGAUAUAAUACAGCAGGGAUCAGUUCAAAAUCAGUUUAAUCAAAGUUAAAUCCAUCG